AUGAUGAAUAACCGGAGGAGAACAAGUAACUUCACUUAUGUUAGUUCUUGUGUGAAGUAUAUGAUAUUUAUGCUCAAUUUUGUUUUUUGGUUGUUUGGAGGACUCUUAAUUGGAGUAGGUUUAUAUGCAUUUGUGGACAAAUGGCAAGCAACUGGUUCAGUUAGAGUAGAGACUGUAUAUGAUGUAGUUCUCAAUAUUUCUCUUGUAAUGGUUAUUGCAGGAGGUGUAGUCUUUGUUGUCAGUUUUGCAGGAUGUGUUGGAGCAUUGCGUGAAAAUACUUGUCUUCUAAAAUUUUAUUCAUUAUGUCUAUUAGUAUUCUUCCUGCUUGAAAUGGGUAUAGCAAUUGUUGGUUUUGUAUUUCCACAUACAUUGCAAUCUUUGUUGGAGGAAUCAUUCACAGAUAAGAUUAUACAAACAUAUCGAGAAGAUCCUGAUUUACAAAAUUUUAUUGAUUUUGGACAACAAGAAUUUAAAUGCUGUGGUUUAAGUCAAGAAGGAUAUUUGGAUUGGGGAAAGAAUGAAUAUUUUAAUUGCUCCAGUCCUAGUGUAGAACGCUGUGGUGUACCAUUUUCUUGUUGCAUUAAUGCUACAGACAUAUCAAGUGGUCUUGUGAAUAUCAUGUGUGGCUAUAAAGUACAAAUGCUGCCAGUAUCUGAAGCAGGCAAGAAAGUAUGGACUAGUGGUUGUAUUGAAAUUGUGAGAAGUUGGGCAGAACGUAAUUUAUAUACAAUAGCGGGUAUUGCCUUGACUAUAGCUCUUAGUCAGUUAUUUGUAAUUUAUCUUGCUAAAACACCGGACAAGAAACCAAGAUAA